AUGUACUCCUUAUGGAAGGAAGUCAGGGAGCAGAUAAAAAAGAAAGCGGAAGAUUUAAAUAACAGCCUUCAAGAAUUUAACUCUAACGGCAACCAUCCUUUAGGGGGGUCCUCCAAUGAAGGUAACGCGAGUUGCCAGGAGAGGGGGUCUACGCAGGUCCCCCAAGACACGAGCCUAAAGAAUUCCAUACAGGAGAAUUUUCACAUAAUAAACGACAAGUACAUCAGUGGGAAGGACUUCCCGGAGCUCCAAUAUUACAAUGAGAAACUUCUCAGUGGGUUUAACAGCUUUAAGCGGAUUGUGGGGGAUAUUUACAAGGACAAGCUGAGCAGCGGGGGUGAUGAGCUCCUUCCCAGUGAUGGCCGCUCCGAGGAGCAGAAGCUAUACUUGUCCAAAAUCGUACCCUGGAAAAAGGGAGACAUCAUGAUUUCCAAGAUUUACCGGAAAAAAUACGACGAGGGAUUCCCCCUCAAUUUGCCGAACCCCAAUUUAAACUCAUAUGUGUACAAAAAAAUUUUAAAAUUAAAUGUCGAUCGAAAUAAAAUUUUACACACAGAUAUUUUGCACAAUUACAACUUCAGUUGGAACAAAAAAAAGGAACAGAGUGAAAAGAUAAUCUUGGAGGAUCCGAACUUGGAACGAACGAAGAGAUUUCUCGUGCCCUUCUACAUGUCUGAGCUGGAUUUCUGGAGGUCCUACUUUUUUAACAUUGACAUUAUAUACAACGAAAUUGCCGACGAUAUCUACGAGAGUAUGAAGAAUUUCCCCGACGCUGAUGGGCCAUUACACUUUGUGCCGCUUCCAUGUGGUAGCAGCGCGGAGGAUGAGCAGUCCCCCAUUGGGCAAACACCAAAUGAGGUAACCAUCAAUGAGGUAACACCCAAUGCGGUAACAUCCACUCAUGCUGCAAACCAAUGGACCCCUCCCACGAAUGGCAAAGCAACCACCGUGGAAGGAACAACGGGAGAGGUGCACUUAACGAAAAAAUUCAGCUUUCCAAAGUUGGAGCUCCCUGUGGAGGAGGAGGCACCCACGGAGUGGGAUCAACACAGAGAAAACUCCAAUAACGUAUGCCGAAAAGAAGAGCCCAAGGGAGAAGCAACCGCAUCGGAAGUGUAUGGCACCUCGAAUUUACUCAGCUUCCAGAGUUUGAAUCACUCAGAUUGGCUAACCCAGCCAGAAGAACCGACAAAGGAGAGUGGCGCAGCCCUUCCACGAGGCACCGAUGGGGAAACACUCGAUUGUAACUCUGCAUCAAAGCCGCUUAGAAAAACUGAUUCGAUCACACCGAAGGAUGACACGUUUUUAAUGACGAAGACCCAAAUUAACGGACUCAACAUUUACAUGGACAAUGAUAUCUUCGUAAACCUUCGAGACAAAUCGGAAUCGUUCGGUGGCCUCUUGGCGGACACGAAGGAAUACACUGAGAAGAUUAAAAGGGAGGAGGGCCAAGGAGGUUACUCCAAUGUAGAAUUGGUUGAUCACUCGAUAGAGGCGUCAUUUGAGGGAGCGUGUAACAAAAGGGAGGACGAAAAAGUGGAAGUCAGUGCCAUCUCGCAUAGGACAACGGGGGAAACUAUCAAAGUGGAUGUUGACGCUGAGGAGGAGAAUCCUGUCGAAGGGGAUCAACCGAUUAAUGAUCAGCUCGACUCUUUAACCAUUUCCAAGUGCAAUAUGGAAUUUUUGGAUCUUAUUGAGGAGCAAAAUGAAAGGACCUAUAGUGCGUUGAAGCAAAACGACAGGGAAGGCAACGGCGGAGAAGGCGGUUCCGCGUUUCGCGAUAAGGUGGAGCGUGUGGCACAUGAGGAGGGCGCACCCUCGAAUGAAAAAUGGAAUGGCCCAAGCGAUGCCGCUGUGGUUAGUGCGCAUUAUCGGGUGAGUGAACAGUUGGUCAAAGAGGACGCCGAAGGGGAUGACGAACAGGACGACGGAGGGAAGAAGGAAAAAGCCUCCAUCCAUGCCAACCUGGACGAAGAGGAAACGAAGGAAGAACUUGACGAUUGUGUACCGCUCGAGCAGGAGGUUGCACAGACCGAUGAUCCCAAUGUUGCGCGGGAAGUACCUCUUACUCAUCAUGCGGGUGGAUCAAAGGAUUGCAAAGUACUGCAUACUGACGAAGGAGGAGACAAAGCAUUCCUAUAUGAUAACUUGAAAUAUGAUCCCAUGUUUGUCGAGCUGAAUCAGUGGAACACAUUGAAUGAAGAAAGAAGGAAAGGGAAUGACAAUGUAGACCCCAUGAUGGACGUUACAAAAAAUUCAAACGCAGUUGAGGGCAGCUUGGCUGGUGAAGAAAAGUUUAAUGCCGCCUAUCAGCAUCAUGAGCAGCAGCAUCAUCACGGGGGGGAAGAACCCCUACAUAGUGACGCCGGAGAGGUGAAGAUGUCCUGGCCAGAAAGCAAGCCCAAGGAGGGGACCAACGAGUGGGCGAACACGUCGAUGCUCCCCACUCCCAAUGACAGUACUGCAAAGCGGAAUGACAAAGUUGAAAAGAAAAACGACAUCACCGUUAGGGUAAAAUCAGAAGGUGAAUCCCUCAGGAGCGUAAAGGAAGACAACAAGAAGUCACAAAAAGAAUGCGACUCAAACCUUGAUAAGCUAAAUUUUUCCGAUGUACUUGAUUUUGACAUAGAUUCAAAUACGUUCAACGCUGAAGAGUUGGAGCAGUUUGAAAAGGAUCUCCUCAAUGCGUAG